AUGUCAUCCGCGCAGAACGGCAAAUUUGUUUACUUUCACAGACUGCAAGGCGACAACAUUCGGCUGCUCUCAUUGCUCCCCGGCACGUUCAAGGACGACAUCCAAUUGGAACUCUGGGAAACCCCGCUUCCCAAGAACCAUGAGACGGCCGAGGCUCAAGUAGCCUACAAGCUAGAGGACAUCCGCGAGACUCUACCGCCCGGAUGGCUUGUCGAGGUCAACCUGGAGGGGGAGCAGCCACUAAAACGUCAGAUCCCCCCGUUUGAGGCUCUUUCCUACGUCUGGGGAACCAAUAGCGAUGGCGGACUCGCUCACGUCACCGAGCGUGCCGUCACAGAAUGCACCGCUCUCUCGUCCAGCGCCGGUACUCUCUGCAUCGGCAAGAAUCUUGCGGAAGCACUACGACACUUGCGACAAACCAACAGUGCAAGAACCCUCUGGAUCGACGCCGUAUGCAUCGACCAGUCGUCCACAGAAGAGAGGAGCGACCAGGUCACGAGGAUGGGCUCCAUCUACAAGUCGGCCACCAGGGUCGUUGUCUGGCUUGGACCACCGGGUCCCGAUGCCAGCUGGCACAUAAUCAACAGGUUCACGUCUAACGGGGGAGAUGUCGAGGUAUCCAAGGACGGCAUUCUGUAUUCGCACCCGAACAACACGCGGUGGAUGCAAGGAUUGAUGGCGAACCACAUGAUGCGGAUGGACGCGUCGGAGCGCGGGGGGCUGGAAUCCUUCGUCUUUUGCGAGUGGUUCAGCAGGACCCGAGAGACAAGCUCUACGGGGGUCAAAGGGCUCAUGCACCCGAGAAUAGCAGAACACAUCACCGUCGACUACGCCAAGCCCUGGCAAGAGGUGUACCGAAACGUCUUCCUAGCACACGCUGGCUUGACGAGAUCCUUCUCGCUAUGGCACGGCUGCAGUGCUGCCACGAAUCUGGCAGGCUUUGCCUUCUGGGUGCCGGACUGGUCGACCAGUCUGGGAUCCGACACGUACUUCAUCGGAAAUGACGCGCGGGCGAGCCACUUCACCAUCGGCCAUUUUACCUACGAGCCGCCAGACAGGUUGACGGUGGCGGCUGUCCAUGUCGGAACAGUCGUCGAUGGAUCGGUGGAAGAGGUCAGAAACGAGCGGGAUUUGCGGCGAAUUACCGAACAGACACUGUCUUUCAGAGAUCGUUUGCGUGCUCUUCCCGAAGUCCUGUGCCUGGGAAGCUCCCGAACCGAGUUUAGGGCCCAUGUCGAAGCCAUGCGCCGUUUUCUGCAGGUUUCCGCCAUGGACGACCUCCAUCCUAACGAGAGGGCUUUGCUCAGGGGGCUUCUUCAAUCGCAGCAGGAUCGGGCGCUUGCCACACUCACCAUGUCGCCGGGAAAUUUAUUUGCUUCUGUUAGAGGUGACAAGACUGCAAUUCAAGGAGCGUAUGUCGUACUUGGCUGCCCUGUCCCGCUGUUACUGCGCCCAAUGGGAAAUAAUGCCUUUCAAAUGGUCGGAGAUUGCUACGUGGAGAGUUAUAUGAACGGCGAGGCCGCUGUUCAACGGCUGCCCGCCCCAUGGUCAGCGGCUGAAAGCGACGAAGGCGCCUUCGCCCAAAUCCCACGCUACAAAAACAGCGAGACUGGUGAACUGUCGACCGACGACCCUCGACUGGAUAGCUUGCUUGACGACUGGGAAGUGGCCGGCGCCGUGUUCGACGAUGGUGCUUCGGCCAUAUACCAGCGUCUCCGACACCAGCCACAAAUUGUCAAGGGGGUGCGCGACAGAAGAAUUCAAGAAACGACCGAGCGGGGAAAGCGUUUGUUCAAGCAGUACCGCAACAGAGUCACCGGAGAGGAAGUUCUACGAGAUCCCCGUUUGACUAUCAACAGCCUUGAGCGACGGGGUGUCAACGUACAGCAUAUCACGCUGGUCUAGUACACUUAUGGGCUCCAUAUAAACAAUGUAAAGUUGCCAUGUAUAACGGGCUCAGGCCCGAAUAGAACGAUCUGGCGCAUAGCCUGCAGCCACUUACA